UUACUACAACAAAGUGGACUUGGACAUCACCAACAAAGAAUGGGCAAAAAACCACAGCUUCACAGAAUGUAACCUUUGAUUCUUCCCUUACUGUGAUAACAAGCACUACAUCAUGAUUUGUGUCAACAUCAAAGCAGAGAGAUUUGAAGUACUCGACAGUCUCCGUCACAAAGACUUUAAAAAAUACUACAAACCAAUGGCAGACAGGGUUGUCCAGUACGCAAUCAACUACAUGAAGACACAGUUUGCAGAGAAGACAGUAAAGUGGGAGAGGUUUAACUGGUUCAACCUCGAGAAGGUUACACAACCAGAUCAAAUAUCAUGUGGGAUGUACAUCAUCAGGUGGAUGAGACACUGGGAAGGUAAGUACAACAGUGCCCUGACCAAAGACUGGAAGAGGAUUGAUCUCAUAAAUGAAGAAAGGGAGUGCCUGAUGUUGGACAUCAUUCUUGAUGAAGAAAAUCUUGAACGGGAAAGGAUCAUGAAAGAAGCAACAAAGUACUGCAACAUGAAGAACAAGAAGAAAGAUUUGAAAGAAAGGAGAUGAAAAUUCUAUUAUCGUUUGUGUUAAGUAGUAGGAGGGUAUAAGUAAGCUUUUGAGAACAAACUCACAAUGUUCAGUAGCCACUUCAUUUUAAUUAGUAGGAUGGUAUGAAAC